AAGGAGCAAGCAGAGUUAGAGGCAGGACAAAAGAAGUUCUAUAGACGGCCAUAUACAUAUAUUUUAAUGGUUUUGGAAGGCCUGUAGUUGGGGGAAACAAUAGCAGCGAGGGCGGACAUGACAGCGUAGUGAUGGAGCCCCCUUUAAGCAAGAGGAAUUCGGCGAUAAGAUUAGCGGAUUUGGCAUCGACUCAAGCCCUUCCUCAUCAGAAUAUGACAGGCUUCCUGGGGAUAGGGGGGCAUCACCCACACUCCCACCAUGCCCACCUCCACCCUGGGGAGAUGGGCAACGACCCCGGAGUGGCUCUCACUCCAUUUGGACCUGAGCACAUGGCACAGACCAAUGCUCUCAAACUUAGUCCCUCUCAGCCUGUUCAAAGCCAUCCCGAAGCCCAGACCGCGGCGUCUUUCACGUCUUCUCAGACCACAGUUGGUUUCCCCGUGGCUCACCCCCACACAGGCUACACCUCCAGCAGGGACUUCAUCCUCAGGAGAGAGCUCUCAGCCUCUGCUAUGCAUGCACUUGGCGACCAGCAUAGUUCCGCCUCCUCCCCUCAUCACCAUGGCAUGUUCAUUUCCCCAACAGGUGCUUAUGGGCACGCGGAAGGUGGUGCCCAUCCACUUUUCUCUGGACUGCACGAGCAAGCGGCCCCAGGUGCCCAUCACCAUCAUGCCCUCAACGGGCAGAUGCGUCUGGGUCUGCCGGGGGACAUCUACGGCAGGCCAGAGCACUUCGGCCACAGGCCCGAGCACUAUGGAUCUUCUUCUCUCCACAGCUACAACUCCAUGAACUUAAAUGUGAACCUCGCCACGGCUCCACACGGAGCCACGGGGGCGUUUUUGCGAUACAUGCGGCAGCCCAUCAAGCAAGAGUUAAUCUGCAAGUGGAUUGAUCAAGAGCAGACCUCCAAGAAGCCAUGCUCCAAAACUUUUAGCACCAUGCACGAGCUCGUGAACCACGUUACGGUGGAGCACGUCGGAGGACCGGAGCAGAGCAGUCACGUCUGCUUCUGGGAAGAGUGUCCGCGCGAGGGAAAGGCGUUCAAAGCCAAGUACAAACUGAUCAAUCACAUCCGCGUGCACACGGGAGAGAAACCGUUCCCGUGUCCAUUUCCCGGUUGUGGAAAAGUAUUUGCGCGCUCGGAAAAUCUCAAGAUUCAUAAGAGGACGCACACAGGCGAGAAGCCGUUCAAAUGCGAGUUUGAAGGCUGUGACAGGAAAUUUGCCAACAGCAGUGACAGGAAGAAGCACUCUCACGUCCACACGAGUGAUAAGCCUUACUUCUGUAAAGUGAGGGGAUGUGACAAGUCGUACACACACCCGAGCUCUCUGCGCAAACACAUGAAGGUUCACUGCAAGUCUCCUCCGCCCCCUUCCUCCAACACAGGCUCCUCUUACCAGCCAUCGUCCACGACGAUCGGUGAUACCCUCUCACCAAACCUGGAGCCCCACAGGAACCGUUCAUCGAACCUUUCGCCUCAGGUGACCAACCUAAACGAGUGGUACGUGUGCCAUGGGAGUGCUGGAGCAAACAAUCUACACACUCCCUCCAGCGACGUGCCAACGUCGGAAUCUGACGACGAGGACACUUUCAGACACACAGAUCCAAGGGCAAUGCUCUGAUGUGAACAGCAAGGAAUAUAUUCAUGAUGAAUGGUCCCUAUUUAAUAAUAAUAAAUAAAUAAAUAAAUAAAUGUAAAAAAUAUCACAAUUCAAGCGUUCCAUUUGAAAGGACAUGGAACCUCGUAUGGAUGUCAGAGGGUGAAAGAGAUUUUGCCACCAGUUUGCCCUUAAAACUUGCUCAGAGCAUUGAUGCAAUUUAUGUUCCCUAUGAUGAUGAUAACAUAAGUAGUUACGUGCAAAAUGAAUUGUGAAAUUUCGAAAUCAAACAUGAAAUUAUUGACUUUUCCAUUUUUUUAAGAUUGUACCUGACUUUUCAUAAAAUAAUUGAGCUCAAAAUAAUUAUUAUGUUUAUUUUUAUUUUUUAUUUUUUUUUUACAUUACAACCCCUUCGUUGCAGAGAAAUCUUUUAUAGAAAAGCAUUUUACACGUUAAAUGUCUAAGGGGCAUUGUUUAGAGUUUGGGAAAAAGUGCAGUGAUAAUAAAUUGAGUUUUACUUGUAUAUUGUCAGUGUCAAAGAAAAAAAAAACGAGUUUUAAAUGGGUUGAGUCUUUGUUAAAUUUUAUACCAAUAACCGUGGUCAGGACGGUUUUGUGAUAUUUAUUUAAAUCUAUAUUUUAUGCAAAAUCAAUGUAACUCUGAUUAAAGAGUACGAAUAUGUCCUUUGAGACCCUAAAUACUGUAUUAUUGACAGGCCUAUCCCUGACUGAUUUGUAAAUAGUAUCUGGUAUUGAUGCUUGUGAAUGUUGUUGUAGAGUCUCGACGAGUUUUGUACAUUGUAAUUUAUUUGUUGGUAUUAAUGUUGCUCUGGAAGUACAGAUACACCAAAGAAUAAUAUAAUUUUGGUGAAAUUAUUAUUAUUAUUAUUAUUAUUUUCGUGUUCUGUAAAAAAAAAAGGGGUCUUACUUGAAUAGGCUCUAUAAUGUGAAGAAUCUUUCGCAUGACCCGUGUAGUAACUCUUUCUGUUGAGGUGCAUGAUGGUAUUAAUGGAAUUACUUAAAGUUGUGAAGACAUGUGAUGUUUGUGUAGAAAUAUAUGGAAAACUUGAAUAAAAGGCAGGACUUACACACUCACUAUUAAAUGACCAACAACGUAACAGACAAUGCUAGAAAACUGUGCUAUUUCCCAACGAAUGACCAAUUAUUUAUUUUCUGAAUUUCUGCUGAAUAAAAUAUUCCCUCUGCUCUUUCAAAUGGUAAAACGUAUCACUUGUUUAUAAAGCACGUUAUGAAAGGAAGAAUAGCACAAAUCCAUCAAUAGAUGAAUCAUUCAUGGGAAUAUAAGACACCAAAGAUGCCAGACAAUAAGGAGAAUCUUGUAUGGUGAAAAUGAAACAAAAUCCCCCGUCUAAUUUCCUUGUUUAAAACACACAAUCACACUUUCAAAGUGCCCCCUGUCCAAGACUGUAGACUCAGAACUGACCAGCGCAAGUCCUGCACCACUUCAAAGAGAUCCACUUCAGAACGAAAGACUGCACGGUGCGAUUUCUACAGGGCCAUUUGAAUAUUUUUAGUAGAAAAAAAUACAAACUACUACUAAAGAGUCAAACAUCAAAGCAUGAUGCCUCUCCCAUGAAUCACCUUCUCCUUUUAAAUCAGCAAACGCAAUAAUAUUGUGUAACAGAGCAACAUUUCAUUUAGCGGUUUUUGUGCGAGAAAACUGUAUCAAGUCCUAUUAUGCUUCAUAAGAGAACACCAAAAGAAAAAGAAUAGAAAUGUCAUGCUAACGAACAUUAAUACACGCCUCAUAUUGCGUUACACCCUUCAAUGGAAUAUAAAGCAUGUACGCUGGUGCGCCUUUGGAUGUUGUAAAUCUACCUUUUUGUGUCAGUGAAACGCCCCAUAAAUAAAGCGAAGUUCAAGUGCACUUCAUAAACUGUG